AUGUAUCUGCUUUGGCAUGGAAAAGAUGAAAACGACGGCGCUGAUAAGCGUCACAUAGAUCGGGCGCCUCCUUUGACUCGACUAAGUGUACACCUUCAGCACUCGGAAUGGAGAAGGAUAUAUAUGGCAUUUUUUGGAUUCUUCAUUCUUUUCUCGGAAACGGGAGUCAGGCAGGUGAUGAACAUUUUUGUUCCUUCGAUUACGGUUGCAUAUAACUGUACGAAAACGGAAGUCGAUACAGUAGUGAUUGUCUUACCGACGUGUUUACCAAUUUUUUUAAAAAUCUGUACAUCAUACUUUAAUAAUCACUGUUUUGGAUGUGCCUUAAUGAGAAAUGCUAUUAUCUCCGUUCAAUGUGAGUAUUUUACUUCAAUGCGCAAUACCGUCAUGUCGUUCAUAUCUAUUGGACCAGGGAUUGGAAUAUUCUUGUUACCUCGAAUUCUCGUCUCUUUGAUCAAUAAAUUCUCGUGGAACUUUGGAUUUCGAUUUCUAGCAACGCUAUACAUCAUCUGCGGCAUUAUAGCCAUCUUCAUCACGAAGCGAUCAGCAACACAGCAGCACUCUUUUGCUCAUUUCACUGGAAUAAAGGAAAUUUUUUUAAGGAAAAAAUACUACCAUGGAAUCGCGUCUAUCAUUGGGCGGUCUCUUCUCACGCUCUUCUUGGGUCUCACCAAUGCUAAUAUAUUGAUAGUAAUGAUUUUUAACUACGUAGUAGCACAAGGCAGUAUUUUUUCGGCAUCAUUCUGUUUCACACUGUGGGAAUUCCGGAUUCAAAACGUUUUCGCCGGAGUUGGAAUAGGAUUUUUCCAAGCGACGCUUGCUCAGUUUCUGUUGUCGAUGGUCGGACCCUCGCAACUUCCGGGAGCUUUAGGUUAUACAAAUCUUGUGAAUGGUGCGGCAGCAUUCACUGCGGUGCACAUCGCAGGUACAGUCCGUUUGAAUGAGUUUUUUCUUGUAUACGCUAAUACUGAAGGCGAUGUGAAUAUGAAAGAGGUUGAGAUUCCUGAACUUCGUAUAAUGUUAAAACAAGCUCCAGAAGAUUGA